AUGGAACUGUUCUACCAUCUCUUGUCGCGUUUGAUGCGCCUCGCGGCCAUAACAUGUGGCCUUUGGAUCCUUAUCCGCAGAGUGGCUCAAGCUUCGUCCGCUUUCCCCCUACAAAGCCUUCAAAACGACAGAAUAGCAAUCAUCGCUGCUCUCGUAAUAAGCUUAAUUGGUGCGAGAGUUUGGGAGUACAUUGAACUUGCUCCGUUGAGAAAGUUGCCAUCGUUCCAGCUCCUCGACUUCCGCGAAUUGCUCCCCAUCACCGACACGCCCCGAGGCAAACAAGUCUUAGAAUGGGUUAAGAAGAGUCCGGGUGCGGACCUGAUGGACAUCGAAGUGGCAGGUGGUUUUCAUACCUUGAUCCCUCUUUCCCCACGCGCCCAUCGCGACAUUCACACUACCAGGGCUGCCGACUUUGAAAAGCCCUUGUUUGGUAGGAACUACCUUUCCAGACUCUUGGGCAACGGAAUGAUCUUGUCCGAGGGCAAUGUUCAUAAGCACCAGCGCAAAGUCAUUACACCCUCUUUCCGCAUCCAGAACAUCAUCAGUCUUCAGCCCUUGAUGGCAGAGAAGACGAAUUUGAUGUUCAAAGGCAUCGACCACGAAAUGUGCGAAAACGAGCGCAUCGAAAUCGCAUCCUGGGGCUCACGAGUGACCAUGGACAUCAUCGGACCGGCUUUCAUGUCCAAGGACUUUGGCUCGCUGAAGAGUCCCGAUAGCCCAAUGGAGCAUGCCUACAAGAACCUCGUUGAGCCAAGCAGUGGACAGUCGCUGCUUUUCAUGCUGAGUCUGAUCUUCCCACGAUUCAUUGUCCGGGCGAUCCCAACUCCGACAAACAGAAUGCUUGCAAAGAACAUCGACUACAUUCGAUCGGCUUGCCGUGCCAUAUUGGAUGAGAAGCUGGCCUCACUGAAAGGCACUCGUCCUGGCGAUGCCGAUGAAACUACCUCUGAUAUCCUCGGUAGCAUCAUUGCGCGCGGCGACUUCUCCGAGCAAGACCUUGUCGACCAGAUGCUCACGUUCCUUUCCGCGGGCCACGAAACCACAGCCUCUUCCAUCGCCUGGGCCACGCAUCUUUUGACGCUUCCUCAAUAUACCCAUUUCCAGCAAGAGCUGCGUGAUGAAAUUCGAGAAGCAGUCAAGAUAGCACCAGCCUUCGAUCCGGCGCAAGGCAUCCUCCCAUACUCGACCCUUGAAAAACUGCCACUCCUCAAUGGCAUCUGCGAGGAAACCUUGCGUCUCUUCCCACCCGUCACGAAUACAGGUCGUGUCGCCAUCCGCGACACCUUCGUCGCUGACACUCCAAUCCGCAAGGGUAUGAUGCUGGCCAUCUUCCCAUGGGCCACGAACCGCAAUCCCGAAUUUUGGGGCGUGACCGCCGAAGAAAUGGUGCCGCAACGCUGGAUUGACGAGGACGCGAAUGGGGCUAGACGCCUAAACAAGCACGGCGGCGCCGCCUCGAACAUGUGCGAGCAGACGUUUUUGCACGGCAAUCGGGCGUGCAUCGGCCAAGAUUUCGCCAAGGCAGAGCUGAGAUAUAUCCUGGCGGCGUUGUUCGAGCGAUACCAUCUCGAGAGGUUGGAGGGCGAUCGUGGACAUGUUGUGCCUGCUGGUUCGCUGACGAUCAAACCGAGAGGUGGGUUGUACGUUCGCGGCCCAUGGUAG